AUGAUUACUAAAAAAAAUUCAUUUAUCAAUGAUUUCUUUUCAUAAAUAAGCGAUAUCAUCAAUUAAGAAUAAUAAAAUAAGCUUUUCAAAUAUUUGACUAUUAUAGGUAUAAACGCCUUCACUAGCACUGGUUAAAAUAUUUCCUUUGAAUGUAUUAAAAAAUGUGCAAAGUCUCUAUAAAAUAUGAAAAAAAAGGAUCUUCAAGAACAAGUAUCCUAAUUGAAGCAAUAAAUAUAAACAUUAACUAAAAAUGUUACUAAUACUCUUAAUGGGGGAAGUGAUUGGAUAAAUGGAAAAAACAGCACCCAAAUAAAAAAUGAAAGUUUACAUUCAAAUUAAGUUGAGUAAUCCUAUCAAAACCCUAGCAAAGAUGGAUAAAAGUUUAAGAAAACUAAUUUCGAAGGCUUAGACAUUUAAGAAAUAAAUAGAUUAUUUUAUGAAAACAUAGAAUAACGUAAUUUUUAGCUUGCACAUAAGCUUGGUAAUUCUACUAACAAUCAAUAAGAAUUCAACUAAAAUGAAUAAAAGAAUGAGUUAAAUAUUAUUUUAUCUCCUAAAAAUACUUUAAAAAAGAUGUCUUUUGACAAUAGUUUAAGAAAGUAAAGUCAUAGUACUCAUACAGCACCAGUAUCAAAUGCAUCAUAAACAUAAAUCAUAAAUAAUAAAUUUUAGCAAAAAAAAAAAAAUGAAAAUCUCUAUUUGAAUAGUUUUGCUAUAUCUCAAAGUGAAUAUCCGAACAGCCUGGAAUAAAACCAUCCAUUAACAAGCUGUAAAAAUUCGGAUGGUGGCUAAUUAAAGCUAAUGGAUUUUUCAUCACCUUCUCUAAAUCGCAAUACAGAUAAUUAAUUGAAUAAUUAAAACAGAUUUUUAAAGUAGAUAGCUGAAAAGAAUAACUAAAAAAAUAAAGAAAAUUUAUCUUAUUUAGGAAAUUUAGAGUCAAAAGAGAAUUUAAUUUGUAGUUCUUAGUUUGAAGAAAAUAAAAGAAAAUCAUCUUUAUCACCUUUGAAAUCUUCUUAAAAUAAUUUGGUUUAGUCUUAAACUAGUAAUUUAAAUUCCUAAGUUUUGAGUAAGAAAGAUUAAAAAAAAGAAAGCAGCACUCAGAGUAGAAGUAGAAAAAACCAACAUUAGAACAAUAAUUAUAAAAUGUACAAGUAACCAUGUUAAAAAAAUGUUAAUAGGAGUAAAAGUAAUAAUCCUUCAAGAUCUAAUUCUCGUACCCCUAGAAACAGUAAAUCUCCUUCCGUUAUAAGCUUUAAUGGCAGUUAAUCAUUUAACCAGAUUCCAUCUUAUUUGAGGAAUGUAUAGUCAAAGAUAAAAGAUUAAAUAGAAUUCCAUAAAGAACUAAAAAAGAAAGAAGCAAAGUUAGGCGAAUCUUAAUAGAAUCUCUUAAUAUCUUCAAAUCAAUAAAAAUCUAACUAAGAAUAUAGUUAAUCUCAAAGAAUUUCUCCCUCUUCGAAAUUCUAAAAUUCUCAAGGAUCUGAAAACAGUAAAUAAUUCUUUAAUAGCCUUAGCUAAAAUGAAAAACAAGAAACUUCAUUUUAACAAAACAGUUUUAAAAAUCCAAAUAAAAACUCAAAAGUUCUAGUUUUAGACAACAGUUUUAACUAGUCUAAUUUGAACCUUAAUACAAAUAAUUCAACAAAAAAUAAUUCAAUCCAAGGAAAUUAAAACUAAUAAUUGAAGAACAGUAUUUAAAAUGAGCCUCUAACUGAUUAGCCUAAGUUUGUUAGUAAAUAGUCAUUCAAUUCUAAAAGCUAGCUAUACAGCAAUUAGAACACUGAUGGAACUACUUAAUAAACUACUUCCAAUCUAUAGUCGACAAUAAACUAGUAGUAAGAAACUCUAUUUACAGGACAUUUUAGGACAAAGAGUAAUAUCAGCGAAUAUUAAAUAACAACUGAAGAAUAAAGCAGUAUCGAAAACCACUUUAAUAACCAUCAAAAUUUAAGACAUAAUUAAAUUAAAAAUAUGUAUAAUACAAAUACGAACUUUAAUUAUUAAAAUAGUUUAAAUAAAUUUCCAAAAAACACAGAAAUUUAACAAAAUUCAUAAUUUAAGUAAUAGCUUGAAACAAAUAACAAUUAAAUUCGCACCUAAAAUGAAAAUAGAUAUUAUUCUACCAAUUAAACAACGAAUUUCAUGUAAUAGCAAAAUUUAACUUCCCCUAAAAACUUUGGCAUAUAAUAAAUGUAAAUAUCACAUAAUCAAUAAAGAAAAGUAUCUUAAACUCCUAUCGAAGGUAGAAGAUAGUCAGGAGGUUCCUUGCAUAUAGACCACUUAAAUGAAAAUUUACAAGAAACACGUAAAUAAAAUAGUAAAAAAAAUGUUUUAGAACUCGCAACUAACUUUUUAAAAUCUCCAAUAAUGCAAUAAUUAUGCAAUACUAAAUAGUAACAAGAAUAAAAUAUUCAAUAAAAUUAAGAAAUAUAAAAUUCUAUGAUGCAUGCUAAUAUUAAACAAAUAUAUCAAAACUAACUCUAAUAAGGAGAAACACUAAAUUAUUAUUCUGAUAAUGGUAGAAACAUUAAUAAAAAAUAGGAACAAUUCUUAAAAGACCCCAAAAAUAAUCAAUAUAUGUUAUAGCAACAACAACAACAAUAAUAAUAAUCUAUCUCUCAGUAAGCAUCUAUUCAAGAGUAGCUAUAGGAAUAAAUGAAAAAAUUAAAUUACCUUCCCAAAAAGCAUCCUUGUGACUAGACACUUUCUCCCUAAGAUCUAUAGCUUUUGCUUUAAAACUAAAAUCCAAAUAUUUCUAUAACUUCUAAUUAUUAAUCAGCUAGCUUUGGAAAUUCUAAAAAUUCCCAAGCAAAUCACAAUUUCAUAGGUUAAAGCUAAACAUUAAAUUAUAAUGUCUCUUAAUUAGGAAAUAAUGCAUUAAAAAGUAGUUUUACCUAGAUUCCUCAAGGUUAAAAUGGUGAAUAAUCAAUGGUUGCAAGUAGCUUAUUUAGUUCAUUCAAUCCAAGUAAUGAAACUAAAGGUUUCUUUUAAAAUGACUUUGAAAAAAGAAUGAAUGAUUUAGGUAAAAGCAGUAACUCUAGAAAACAGCAAAAUAGCUAAAAUGAUGCAAGUUCAAAUAUUUCAUUCAAUGCUGAUUUAUCCAACAAUUUGAUACAACCUUAAAUUGAAAAUCCAUUUUAUUGA